UUACUUUAACCGGUGUUUGUUUCAGUCAUGUUGUUGUUAGCAUGUUAGCUUAGCCCUAGCCUGGCAGUAACUGUUAUCCCGAUGAGCGGAACGUCACGCGCCUCUUACCCUUCUGUCCUCAGCCGCCGAAGGCUAAAAGCAAGAAGAAGGGCGGGAAUGUGAAGUCUUCCACGGUGGUGGACGGUCUGUCCACGGAGGACAUGUCCAAGGAUCAGCUGGAGGACCACAUCAUCCACCUGCGGGAGGAGCUGGACCGCGAGCAAGAGGAGAAGAGCUACUUCCAGCUGGAGAGAGACAAGAUCCAGGCCUUCUGGGAGAUCUCCAAGAGGAACCUGGACAAGACGAAGGCCGAGCUGAGGAACAGGAGCCGGGAGAGAGAUGAGGCCGAGGAGCGCCACCGAGUCGAGAUCGAAGUCUAUAAGCGGAAGCUGAAGCACGUCCUGUCUGAGCAGCACAAUGGCAUCACUGAGCUGAAGAUGGAGGCCGUCUCUGCGUCCUCGCUGGUCGAGAAGAAGCACGUGCAGUCUGAGAUCGCGCUCCACAGAAACGUUCAGGGUCUGCAGGCGGAGCUCACGGAGAAGAAGUUCCACAUCGAGAGCCACAUCAAAGCGCUGCAGCUGAAACAUCAGACGGAGCUGAUGGAGCUCACCAACCACUACGAGCACAGGAUCAGAGACAUCGAGGUGAAGUAUCAUAAGAAGAUGCAGAUGAUGAUCCAGGAGGAGAAGAAGAAGCGUCAGGUGGCGGUCGCCGAGCUCGACGAGAGGAUGAAGAGUCGAGAGGCGGCUCUGAUUGAGGAGCACGACCGAGCUCUGCGGAGAGUUGAGGAGCAUUUCACGUCCACUCGGGAGAGACUGCUGACAGACCAGAGGACGCUCAAGGAGGAGCUCACGGAGGCGCAGACGCAGCAGGCUCGGGUGUCCCGAGAGUUCUCCAAGGCUCAGGAGGAGAGCAGAAGCCUGAAGGAGGCUCUGCCGGAGGCCCAGCGGGAGCUGGCUGAGCUGCGCCGCCGGCUGGAGGAGCACAACCGCUGCAAGGCCCAGAUGCUGGAGAGCCGGGCUCAGAUGAAGGUCGUGGAGAGGGAACUGAGAGAUCUGACACUGGAGCACGAUCUGCUGCUGCAGGCCUCUGAGAAGGUGCAGCAGGAGCGCGACGAGCUGCUGAAGAAGCAGAGGGACGCCAUCAUGGACGUGCAGCAGAGGAGCGAGCUGAAGGCGAUGAUGUUGGAGAGGAAGCUGGCAGCGCUCACCGAAACCUUGGAGAAGAAGGAGGCUCAGCUGUGCGCCGCGCUCUCGGCCUCCAGCGCCGAUCCGACAGCAGCAGGCAGCGCCGCCAGCAGGCUGGAGGCCAUCGUGGAGCAGAAGCACAACACCAUCGCGGCCUUAAAGGAGGACCUGGCUCAGCAGCGUAAGGUGAGCGGUAGUGGGCGGUGCACGGCUCACCUGUCAGCAGCUCAGGUGGUGACUGACUGAGCGUUUUUCUGCAGGGGUACGACGAGCAGAGGGAGGGGCUGAAGACUUGAACCUGCGCAGCAGAUCCUGGAGGGAGCGGCCUCCACUCGGAUUUGAAAAGAAGUUAAACUCUUUCAAAAUAAAACGCAUUUCCUCCUGAAGAUGUGACGGACUCUGAAUCGUUCCACGAAGUUUCUCCAAUAAUGUGGAAAGAAAAUGAAACUUUAUCAUUUUGACUGAUUUUCUACUGUUAUUGUUUACAGACCUCACUGCUGAUCUACCAAAACAAACAAAAUAAAACUU